AAAAUCAAGAUCAAGUUUAAAUUUUAAGGAACUUCCCUUAUUUCCAGAUCACAAAGAAGAAAAAAUGUAUUUAGAAAAUCGAAUAAAAAUUUUAAAAUUUUUAUUUCAUACAGUUAUAGCGAAUCCAAAAAAUAAAACAAUUAUAAAAAAUUCUACUGGAAUAAAAGAAAUAAGUAAACAAGUUCCUCGAUGGUCAUACAAAUUAAUUGACGAUUUGGAACAACAAGAGGGAGAAAAUGAAGAAAACAUGUCGGAAGAUUAUGAAAUUCGUUCACGAAAAGCCAAACGGGUAGUGAUUUUUACUGAUAAUAAAAAAAAUACAGAUACUUAUAAUAAUACCAAAGAUACAACGAAUUCUGAUCAAAUAGAAGAAGUGACUUUGAUACGUUAUUCACAACAAUCGGAUUUUCGCCGAGACAUAAUAAAAGGAUCCGUGCGCGCACAAAGACGCAAAAUAGCUAUUUGGGAACUGUUUCAAGCAAAUGUGCAUUCUCCUCUUUUUUUGGACAGAAUAGACAAAUCUCUUUUUUUUUCUUUUGAUAUUUCCGAACUGAUAAAAACAAUGUUUAUAAAUUGGAUGUAUAAAAACGCAGAAUUCACAAUUUCAAAUACAAAGAAAAAAACAAAAGAAAGUAAGAAAAAAGAAGAGGACAAAAGAGAAGACAACAAAAGAGAGGAAAAAGCUCGGAUAGAAAUAGCCGAAGCCUGGGAUAGCAUUCUUUUUGCUCAAAUAAUAAGAAGUUGUGUUUUAGUAACCCAAUCAAUUCUUAGAAAAUAUAUUAUAUUACCUUCAUUAAUAAUAACUAAAAAUAUCAUUCGUAUACUUUUUUUUCAAACUCCCGAAUGGUCCGAGGAUUUAAAAGAUUGGAGUAGAGAAAUGCAUGUUAAAUGCACCUAUAAUGGAGUUCAAUUAUCAGAAAAAGAAUUUCCGAAAAACUGGUUAAUAGACGGGAUUCAAAUAAAGAUCCUAUUUCCUUUUCGUCUAAAACCUUGGUACAAAUCUAAGUUAAAAUUCUCUCAUAAAGAUCAAACGAAAAUGAAAAAAAAAGUACAAAAAAAUGAUUUUUUUUUUUUAACAGUUUUGGGAAUGGAAGCUGAACUUCCUUUUGGUUCUCCCCGAAAACGGCUUUCACUUUUUGAACCCAUCUUUAAAAAACUCGAAAAAAAAAUUAGAAAAAUGCAAAAAAAUGGUUUUCGAGUUAUAACAAUUUUAGAAGAAAGAAGAAAAUUUUUUCUAAAUUUCUUAAAAGAAAAAAAAAACUGGAUCAUCAAAAACAUUUUUUUUCGAAAAGAAAUAAUAAACAACCUUUCAAAAUCAAAAAGAAAUCCAAUUCUAUUAUCUGGAUUUAGAGAAGUAUAUGAAUUGAAUGAACCUAAAAAAGAAAAAGAUUCGAUAAUCAAUAACAAUAAUGAGACGAUUAAAAAAUUAUCCAUCCCAAUUCGAUCUAUGACUUGGACAAAUUAUUCACUGACAGAAAAAAAAAUGAAAGAUCUUUCUGCUAGAAGAAAGAUAAUCAUAAAUCAAAUAGAAAAAAUUACAAAAGAAAAGGAAAAAAAAAUGAGAACCCCGGAAAUAAAUAUUAGUCCUAACAAAAACAAAAUAAGUUAUAAUGCUAAAAAAUUAAAAUCAUCAAAAAAUAUUUCGCAGAUAGUAAAAAGAAGAAAUGUUCGAUUAGCGCGUAAAUUCCAUUUUUUUAUAAAAAUUUUGAUUGAAAAGAUAUACAUAGAUAUCUUUUUAGGUAUCAUUAAUAUUCCAAGGAUCAAUGCACAGCUUUUUCUUAAAUCAACAAAAAAAAUUAUUACUAAAUACAUUUACAAUAAUGAAGAAAAUCAGAAAAAAAUUGAUAAAACAAAUCAAAAUACAAUUCACUUUAUUUCGAUUAUAAAAAAGUCACGUAAUAGUAAUAAUAGUAAUGUUGUUGUUAUUAAUAAAAAUUCAAAGAUUUUUUGUGACAUAUCCUCCUUGUCACAAGCUUAUGUAUUUUACAAAUUAUCACAAAUCAAAAUUAUUAACUUAUAUAAGUUAAAAUCUAUCUUUGAAUAUCAUAGCCUUUUUCUGAAGAAUGAAAUAAAGGAUUUUUUUAUAGCCCAAGGGCUAUUUAAUUCCGAAUUAAAAAAUAAAAAUUUUAGAAAUUCUGUAAUGAAUCAAUGGAAAAAUUGGUUAAGGAGUCAUUAUCAAUAUAAAUACGAUCUAUCUCAGAUUAGAUGGUCUAGAUUAACACCACAAAAAUGGCGAAAUAUAAUCAAUCAACAUCAACACCAUAUGGUUCAAAAUAAAAAAUUAAACAAAUGGAAUUUAUAUGAAAAAGACCGAUUAAUUCAUUACAAAAAAAAAAAUGAUUUUGAGACAGAUUCAUUACCAAAUCAAAAAGAUAAUUUUAAAAAACACUAUAAAUAUAAUCUUUUAUCAUAUAAAUCUAUUAAUUAUGAAAAUAAGAAGGACUCAUAUAUUUAUGGAUCACCAUUACAAGUAAAUAAUAAACAAGAGAUUUCUUAUAAUUCCAACACAAAAAAAAGCAAAUUAUUUGACAUGUUGGAAGAUAUUUCUAUCAAUAAUUAUCUAGCGGAAGAUGAUAUUAUUGAUAUGGAGAAAAGCGCGGAUAGAAAAUAUUUUGAUUGGAGAAUUCUCAAUUUUUGUCUUAGAAAGAAGGUUGAUAUUGAGUCCUGGAUCGAUACCGGAAGCAAAGAUAAAAAAAAUACUAAGACUAGGACUAAUAAGUAUCAAAUAAUUGAUAAAAUUGAUAAGAAAAAUCUUUUUUUUCUUACAAUUCACCAAGAUCAAGAAGUUAAUUCAUCCAAUCAAAAAGGUUUUUUUUUUGAUUGGAUGGGAAUGAAUGAAGAAAUAAAAAAUUGUCUUAUAUCCAAUUUUGAACUUUGGUUCUUUCGAAAAUUUGUGAUACUUUACAACACAUAUAAGAUAAAACCAUGGGCGAUACCCAUCCAAUUUCUUCUUUUCAAUUUUCAUAGAAAUGAAAAUGUUAGUAAAAAUAAUAAAAUUAACCGGAAGAAAAAUAGCGAUCUUUUUAUAUCUAUAUCAUCGAAUGAAAAAAAAAUUAUUGAAUUAGAGAAUCAAAAUCACGAAGAAAAAGAAUCCGAAGACCAAGGGGACUUUGGGUCAGUUUUCGCAAAUCAAGAAAAAGAUAUUGAAGAAGAUUAUAUAGAAUUAGAUAUGAAAAAACAUAGAAAUAAAAAGCAAAACAAAAGUCAUAUGGAAGUAGAACUUGAUUUCUUCCUAAAACGGUAUUUAUGUUUUCAAUUAAGAUGGAAUGGUUCUUUAAAUCACAAAAUAAUCAAUAAUAUCAAAGUAUAUUGUCUCCUGCUUAGACUGACAAAUCCACGAGAAAUUAUUAUAUCUUCUAUUCAAAGGCAAGAAAUAAGUUUGAAUAUUCUGAUGGUUCAGAAGGAUUUAACUCUUACGGAAUUAAUGAAAAAGGGAAUAUUGAUUAUCGAACCUGUUCGUCUGUCGGUAAAAAAUGAUGGACAAUUUAUUUUGUAUCAAAUGGUAGGUAUCCUAUUAGUUCAUAAGAACAAACAACAAAUUAAUCAAAAAUACAGAGAAAAUUUUUAUGUUGAUAAAAAGAAUUUUACCGAAUCUAUUGAAAGACAUCAAAGUAUAAUUGGAAAUAGAAACAAAAAUGAUUAUGAUUUACUUGUUCCUGAAAAUAUUUUAUCCCCUAAACGUCGUAGAGAAUUAAGAAUUCUUUUCAAUUUAAAAAAUCAAAAUGAUAUUCAUAUAAAUACAGAAAUUUUCAAUGGUAAUAACAUAAAAAAUUGUAGUCCCAUUUUAGAUAAAAGCAAACAUUUUGAUAGAGAUAAAAAGAAACUAAUUAAAUUACAAUUUUUUCUUUGGCCCAAUUUUCGAUUAGAAGAUUUAGCUUGUAUGAAUCGUUAUUGGUUCGAUACUAAUAAUGCUAGUCGGUUCAGUAUGGUAAGAAUAUAUAUAUAUCCGCGGUUGAAAUUUUGAUAAGGGUGCAUUUUUCAUAUAUCCCAUAGCAUAUCUGAUUUAGUAUAUGAAAACAAGGAGAUGGGUACGUCAUUCUUUUUCUUUUCCACUCCAUAUUCCAUUCUGAUACAUGGAAUUCAAUUAUGUAUCAAUUAGAUCUAGAAACGAAUCAAUGGAAUUUUUUUCUUUUCAUAUUAAGUAGAAUUUUUUUCUCUUUUGUAAGCGAAGAAAUAUACCAUCCUUUUGUAUCUAUAACCGAAUAAAAAAAAAAUUGGAUUGAUUAAUGAUAAAUUGUAUUUAACAAAAUUUUGAAUUACUAACAAAGUAAAGAUUUUUGUUUAUACCAAAUUAAAAUGAACUGACAUUAUUUUAUUUAAUAAAUUUUUUAUUAUUACUGAUCAAUAAAAAAAUAUUUUAAACUUAAUUAAUAAUUAAUAAUUAAAAAGGGAAGUGCUUGUUUUAUGGUAAAAAAUUCAUUCAUUUCAGUUAUUUCACAAGAAGAAAAAGACGAAAACAAGGGAUCUGUUG